AAAAAACCCAGCCUCCCCAACUCCCCAGCGAGUCAGAAGAUCUGCGCUGUGUUAGCAGAAGAAUGCCUGCCGCUGUCAUUUGCGGGAGAGGUCAGAGGACAUCAUGAGGAGGUACAGGCAGGUGCCAUGCUCGGAUGCGGAUGGAACCUUCAGAUACGGACGUGCUAGGGAAAGGACAUCCUUCUAUUCCGCACUGGGUGUGUGUGGAUGUUGUGGGCGGUGUCGUCCCCGCUACAAGCGCUUGGUGGAUAACAUUUUCCCAGAGGACCCAAAGGAUGGUUUGGUGAAGUCAGACAUGGAAAAGUUGACAUUCUUUGCCGUUUCUGCUCCAGAGAAGCUCGACCGUAUAGGAGAGUAUUUAGCCGAGCGCCUCAGCAGGGACGUGGUCCGACACCGCUAUGGGUAUGUGGUGAUUGCAAUGGAAGCGCUGGAUCAGUUGCUGAUGGCAUGUCACUCACAGAGCAUUAAGCCCUUCGUGGAGAGCUUUUUGCACAUGGUGGCAAAGUUGCUGGAAUCCAAGGAACCUGACCUGCAAGUGCUGGGGACCAACUCUUUUGUGAAGUUUGCAAACAUUGAGGAGGACACGCCUUCGUAUCAUCGCCGCUAUGAUUUCUUUGUCUCCCAGUUCAGUGCCAUGUGCCACUCCACACAUGAAGACCCAGAGACACGCACCAGGAUCCGCAUAGCAGGUAUCAAAGGGCUGCAGGGAGUCGUAAGGAAGACAGUGAAUGAUGAAUUGCAGGCAAUCAUCUGGGAACCUCAGCACAUGGACAAACUCAUUCCCUCCAUGCUCUUCAACAUGCAGGACAAUGACGACUUAGACAGGGGUGGAGGAGAGGAGAACCCUGCAUCCCUGGCUGAGAGCUGCUUUCGGGAGUUACUCGGUCGUGCUGCAUAUGGAAACAUGAACAACGCUGUUCGGCCCGUACUAGUGCAUUUGGAUAAUCAUCAUUUGUGGGAUCCAAAUGAGUUUGCAGUAUCCUGCUUCAGAAUCAUAAUGUACUCCAUACAGGCUCAGCACUCACAUCAUGUGAUCCAGCAGGUUCUGAACCACCUGGACACACACAGUAAGAAUACGCCACGAGAAAGAGCAGGUAUCGUCCAGGUGCUGCUGGAGACUGUCGCCAUAGCGGCCAAGGGCUCCGUUGGCCCAACAGUGUUAGAGGUUUUUAACACCUUGCUCAAGCACCUCCGUAUGAGUGUUGAUUUUGAGCUGGGUGAUGGUUCUCGCAGAAACUCUGGAACAAGUGUCUCUUCCGGCCGCGGCAAAGAGAACGAGGAGCGCAUCGUCCAGAAUGCCAUUAUUCAGACUAUUGGGUUCUUUGGAGGAAAUCUACCAGAUUAUCAGCGUGCUGAAGUUAUGAUGUUCAUUAUGGGGAAAGUUCCGGUAUACGGGACACCUUGUCAUUCUCUGGAUACCGACAAAAUUGGGCCCCAGGGUACUAAAAGGGUUCAAACGAUGCUCCUCAGUUCUCUCAUUAUGGUGACGUCUGGAUUUAAGUGUAAAACGAUGAGUGCGGGUUUGCCGGCUGCAUUUCUGGAGCCCCUCUGCUCCAUCUCUCUAAUGGAAGACAGCGAGCUGCGGCAACUGGUCCUUGAGAUCCUACACAACAUCAUUGAUCGCCAUGACAACAGGGCCAAACUCCGCGGCAUCCGAAUAAUUCCUAAUGUUGCAGCUCUGAAAAUAAAGCGCGAGAAGAUCUCCAAACAAGAUGUAAUUUUCAUGAAAAAGUAUGGGCAGCAGUUGUACAGGCAUAUAUAUCUGGGCUGUAAGGAGGAGGACAACAUGCAGAAGAAUUUUGAGCUUCUCUUCACUGCUCUUGCUCUGCUCACUAUAGAGCUAGCUACUGAGGAUGUGGUCAUAGACCUUAUACGUCUCUCCCUUGCUCUGCAGGAUAUGGCUCUAGAUAAUGAGGAGAACAUGCCAAUGUUUAUUCGCUGUGGUAUCAUGGCACUGAUUGCAGCCUACCUAAACUUUCUCAGCCAAAUGAUUGCCAACCCUGCCUUCUGUCAGCAUGUCAGCAAGGUUAUUGAGUUGAGGAAUAUGGACGCUCCCUACUUGCUGCCUGAACAUGUGUUUCGAGAGAAAUGUGUGCUGCCUGUGGCUCUGGACCGUGAGGACAGUGGCAUGUAUUUUCAGACAGCGGACCUCGCUGAUGCCCUUUCUGGACCAGGAUACAAUGCAGAAAGACUUGCCGUGCCAUAUAUACCACAAGUUACAGAUGAAGACCGACUCACUCGGAGGAAGAGUUUUGUGGACACCAUCUCACUCCAGGUGGACAUCCUGUCCAACAGCCUUCCUGACCAGUCGCAGUUAGCAGAAGAGAUUACCUACGAGACUUUGAAGAAGGCCAUUGACACCACCGGUUUAGAAGAGCAGGAGAGAGAAAAGAGGCGGCAGGUGAUGGAGAAAUUCCAGAAAGCUCCGUUUGAGGAGAUUGCGGCCCAUUGCGAAUCAAAGGCUAACAUGCUGCAUGAUCGUUUGGCUCAGAUCUUUGAAUUGACUAUACGCCCACCCCCAAGUCCCUCUGGCACAGUGACGGUGACUUCAGGCCACGCCCAGUACCAGUCUGUGCCUGUCUAUGAGAUGAAGUUUCCUGACCUCUGUGUCUACUGAGCCUGAAGCUUAACUCUAUCACAUCACUCACACUUGAUCUUAAUUAUGUAAUUACAUCCAUGCACCUUUACAUCCUAAGGAUUCACCUUUAAGAAGACCAGCACUGUAACUUUUGACUCCCAUAAUUUACUUAAUCCCAAGCACUAAUCUGUCACUUGCUUCUAAAUAGUUACGUAAACUCAGACCAAGAAAUCUGACCUAAACACUGCAGAUAUCUGCACCCUGUAAUGCAAUAACUAAUUAUCCCAAUUACUUUCAGCAUCUGUGUGAUCAUUGUCAUUAUACACUAAUCAUAUAGGGUAUGAUGAUGUAAUGUGUGUGUGUGUGUGUGUGUGUGUGUUUAGCUGCACUGGUUCAGAGUCCUUUGUCUCUUUGUGAAUCACAGACUUGAAAAGAAUGUUUACAUGACUUACAAUUACUCUGAAACGUGCCCUUGAGACUCAGUACUCCUGUAUGACAUGAUGUUAGCAUGCAGUAAUCUCCUCUAUCUGAAUGUAUGACUGUUUGAGCCUCAGUAGAACAUGACUCUCGGGGUGAAUGUUCAACACAAUCCCUGCGCUUGCCACAAUUUGCUUUGAGCACUUCAGAUUCAGGGGUUUCAAAGUUUCAUACUAAUUAGUGGUUUUCUGGAGUAUAUGAUCUUCCCAAAUCCUUAAACACUUGAGCCAGUCCUUGAUUGCCACUUGAUUACUGAGCCCUGAAAUGUGGAUUGGGUGAAUGUAUCUAUUUGAAAUGUUCUGAAACAUCCAUCCAUACAUAUAUUUUAUUCUGUAUAAUCUUAUUAUAUAUGAAUACAAAGGUUUUUUUGGCUGGAUGUGCACUUUAGAGAUGCAAAUAAGAGCACAAACUGUGACCGUGACAGUCAUGUCACCAAAGAGCCCCAAAUACAAACUCAGAAUGGCUAUUUACAGGUUCUAAUCAAAUGCAGAUCUGGUGUAUUAACAUAUUGAACUAUUUGGACCAUUGUAUUUCUGCACAUAUUUGCAGAAUGCAUUGUAAUGUUGACAAAUGCUGAAAGUUAGCAGCUUUAGACUGCAACAACAUGGCACUCUUCUAUAUUCUUAUAGAUAUAUUAAGAUUAGGAUAAACGGUUCUAAGUAUAAAACAAGCUUCUUAGCAACUUUAUUCUUCUAGCUAAGCAAAUACAUAAGAGUAGAAUGUUGAUGCUUAAAAUGUGACUGUUAAAAGCUUAAAGACUAUGCUGUAAAUCUGAAAUCUUAUGCUGUAAAUGUAUUCCUCUGAGCUUAUUUUAUCGACUGCUAUUAGUCCACUGCUGUUAUCAUGCAUUUUACUUGUUUGAAACUCAUAUGCCUAUGUGAUUGUGUAAUAGGGUUUAGGGGAUUUAAACAGAAUUUGUAAAGUCAGCACCGUGGUGUCAGAGUAGUCUAAUACUUAAAUCUUGCUGUUCUGUUAACAAUUGAGCCAUCUGUGUAAAUGAGCAGUGUUGUGAAAGCUGUUCUCAUAUAAAUUAGACUGAAUUUUAGCCAGAAAAGCUGUUUGCAUUGGCUGAAUUAGUAGCACAGAAGGAUUCAGGAUGGUUUUAUCAGGCUAACUUCAAAGAGUGUUCAGGAAGUCAUCAUACCUUUUACCCAAUUACAAUUAAGUAUGAUUGAUCCUACUGCAGUGAACAAACAAACAAACAAAAAAAGACAUUGUAAUGUUGCCCGUGAUUGGACACUUUGAUACAUUUAGAAAAAGAAUUGAAAGGUGAAAUAAAUUGGUAUGAAGAAGAAUGAACAUUCCAACAGUUGGUUUGUUGGCGUUUUGUUAAUGUAAAAAAUUUGUUGCAUAGGAUUUUGGACAGGAUUUUUGUAGGUGACUUAGUUGGAGCCACACUGUGACAUUAAAUGUUAAAAUGGUAAAAUAUUCUGUGAAUCCCAUAUUCAUAAAUUCUAUUAAACAAAUAAAUUAUUCAGUACAAUAUUUUAUAACAGCGCUGUUGAAUUAAUUUUCUAAAACAGCAGCUCUGACAGUAGUGUCAGCUGUAAUUCAAAUCACAGGUGUAUAUUCAUGCUCUCAUUCUAAUAAGUUAUUGCUUCUAUAGUAACAGCUCGUGACUUAUAGCAGAUGCUUUACAUCAUCUAAGCCUGCCAGUCAAUCUCAAAAAGAUGUAUAAUCACUGAUAUGUUGAAACAUUCUGUAAGGAGACGUUCAUUUAACAUUUAUGGAACGAGUCUCCAGUGUAAUGGUCAGUAUGUUUUCCUCCAUGAGAGAGUCUAAAGGGCAAAGGGGUUUGCACCUUCCAGUUUCUUGUUAACAUGACAAGCUGUUUUUUCCCUUUAUUUUUUUCUCAUUAACUUCAAGAGACUGUUGAGAACCUGUCUCAUAGACAUUACACAACAUUAAAUGUCACUAUAAACUAAUGAAAUAGUAAGAAGUUCUUACUAAGAAGGAGGAAUAGCAUUUCAGGGCAUGCUAUUAUUGGAAAAUAUUCUUCCAAAUUCUUUGAUUAUUUAUUUGAUUAAUUAUUCAUUCUAAAACUGUUUCAUGAGGUGUUCAAAACUAGAACACAUCAUAGAUAUUUUAGGUUUGAAGUUUAUAUUUACUUGCACUGCUUUAUCCUUGUCUUCUUCAGAUUUUGAUAGAACAGUAAAACAGAAGUGUGUAAAGUCCAUAUAUUCUUGUUCAUUCAUACAAAAUAAUGUAUAUAUUUAUGAUUAAGAAUUAAUUGUAGUACUUUUCUGGAACUAUGAACAGUUGUUUAAAACAUUAUCUUACAAAGAAUUAUUACCAAGGAGUUACAUGCAGAUUUAUACUGAUCAGUGAAUAUGGGCUUCACAGAAACUGUUAUAGAUGGUAUCGAUGGUUUAUUAUGGUGCAGUGACUCACUGGCCUUCUGUGGGUUUUGGUUCUCAGUCCAUUUUACCCCAUGCACAGCAUUUUGUGUUUUCUCUCAUUUAUGCACACAAAGGGAUUAUAAUUAGGGCUACACACACACACACACACACACACACACACACACACACACACACACACACACACACACACACACACACACACACACACACACACACACACACAGAGAGAGAGAGAGAGAGAGAUCACAG